AUGCUUCUUCGUGCUCGGUUGUGCUUGGCAGUGGCCACAGUUUUCCCAACUCUAGCUAACGCCGCUGGAAUCCGGAUAAUCAACGGUUUCGAACGCGUUUACAUUCAACCUUUUGGAACCAAUGGAGUUCGUGUGAGAUCCAGUCUGAUGAGAGACCCAACGGCACCGAGCUCCGCUCUGUACGACCCUCCGAUUGAAGGCCCCGGUGGUAAUCAAGGUCUAUCUUUUGACACAGAGCUAGGCUUUCAAGAUUCCGGACAAUUUACCAACGGGGAUCUUCUUGUCUCUGUCCAGAGUGGGAGGCUUUUCUUCUACCGUCGGGAAGCCAAUGGCACCGAUACACUGCUCACAUCGGAGUACGCGGACACCAAGGCUCUUCCGUCGAGAUUCUACACGCAUGACUUCCGAACUUCGAGCUUCCAGGCUUCAUUCUCCUUCACUUCGGAUCCUGACGAACAGUUCUAUGGUGUGGGCCAACAAGCCUGUUGUGGAGAUGACUCCGUGAACAAGAAAGGACAAGUUAUCGACCUUAUCAACUUCAAUUCUCAAGUGCCAAUCCCUGUCUACAUGUCGAAUAAAGGUUAUCUCCAAUUCUUCAAUAUGCCUGGACAAGGGCAGAUCGAAUUCAGUACACGUCGGACGCGUUUUGUGGCCUCUGAAGCCACUGUUGUAGAUUAUUUCAUAACCACUGCGGCACCUCAGGACUAUGACGCGCUUCAGCAGCAAUACACUGGCGUGACUGGGCGUCAACCAACGCCUCCAGACUUUGUUUUGGGCUAUCAACAGUCCAAAUUGCGCUAUUGGAACCAAUCCCAAGUUAUCGAUGUGGCGCAACGUUUCCAUGACGAGAAGGUCAACGUAUCCUUAAUCAUCGUUGACUUCUUUGCCUGGAAAUAUCAGGGCGAUUGGUCUUUCGAUCCCGAAUUUUGGCCGGAUCCAGCUGGUAUGGCGGCGCAAGUUAAAGAACUCACUGGAGCAGAAAUGAUGGUGUCGCUAUGGCCCAGUGUUGAAGACCUCUCAGUAAAUUAUAUCUCCCUUCAACAAGAAGGGAUGUUGGCAACAACCAGGGACGGAACUGGGGUCCAGGAUUCUUUUGCUGGUGUCUAUAUUCGUCUUGUGGACUCCACGAACCCUGCUGCUCGGCAGUUUCUCUGGAAGCGCCUCAACGAUAGCUACUUCUCAAUUGGUAUACAUAACUUCUGGAUUGACCAAGCCGACGGUGGCAGUCUAGGAGAGCCAUUCCUCAACAAUGGGCAAUCCAUCAGUGCGCUUCCGUAUGCAAGAACAUUCACUCAGUACUUCAGCGGCACGCAGGAGGCAACGGGGAAGCUGUACCCUUGGUUUCAUCAGGCAGCAAUAGACGAAGGCUUGCACAAUUUGACCAACAGCGAAAGUACAACGUCUUGUGAAUACAUGUCUCUAACGAGAAGUACGUUCGCCGGUGGACAGCGGUAUUGUUCGUACCUCUGGAGUGGUGACACCUCGUCAGACUUCAGUGCGAUGGCACAACAGAUCACUGCUGGAGUGUCAGUAUCAGCUUCGGGGAUCUCCUCGUGGACCUUGGAUAUUGGCGGGUUCAACGGUUUGAAUGUGGAUACUGAUGCUGGACGAGAGCUAUUCGUUCGGUGGUUUGCUAUGGGUGUAUUCUUGCCCUAUGGAACUCAUCGAUUAUACAGUGAUCGGCAGUGUAAUAUUCCGGAGGCAGCGGACGUACUCUUCGGAAAUAACUGUCCAAAUGAGCCAUGGGCCUACGGGGAGGAGAAUUUUGUCAUUCUCAAAGAGUAUAUCGCUCUUCGCUACCAGCUCAUACCAUACGUCAAGAAGUUGUUCCAAAUGCUUCAGGCUACAGGCAGGACCAUCAUGAGACCAUUAUAUUAUGACUUCUCGCUGUUUGACGACAAUGUUGUGAACGGGACGAAGGCGAACGACCCGAGCAUCAUCCACGAAUACAUGUUUGUUGUUUGUAACUGGCUGUCAUGCGAUAUUCUUGUGUUUCCUCAUAACACAGGUCCGCGCAUCCUCGUCGCACCAGUUACAGAGGCCAAUGUGACUUCCAAGGAGGUAUAUCUUCCUUUCCUCCCCGAUUCUUGGGUAGAACAAGGAUUGUCGUGGACGCACUGGUGGACAGAUGUUGAAUUCGGACACGGCGGCAUCUUUGUCAAUGUCAGCGCAGAACUAGGAGAAAUUCCUGUGUUCUAUUUGGGCACAAAGGAAGACAUUUUUAGCGGGAACGUUUAA